GAUCUGAAAUUGGCAUCAUUACAUUUUCACCCUCUCACCUCUUUUACCCCCUUCGUCGCUAUCGACGGUUUUAGGGUUAACCUUCUCGCUGAAUAGCGAGCACUACCCAUUUUUACUGUUCUAUUUUUUUCGUCUUCUGGAACGACACACGGGUGUUGCUAUUUUUGCAGGUCUCACCCACCCUUAAAUCAUGACCACCUCUGGCGGAUACCAUUCACCCAUCUCUCAGCUGCUCACGACUCUUGGGCUUACUAGGGAAGAUCUGCAGCAACGUAGCGAUGAAAUGCGACAGUUUUUGACUGCGGAAAAUAGCCAAUCUUCACGCGUCGGGCCCCGUGGCAGAGCUGAUAGUACCAGCUCACAUAUCAGCUCUCUGUCCAGGUCAAAUAGCAUUUUCUCGACUUCUGCACCCUCUCUUUCUCGUGCAAGUUCUAUUUCCUUUAGAGACGCGUCGCCUCCUGUCACACCUGUAAAAUUAGAGGCUACUGAAGCUGGACUCCCGGAACGUCAGUUCGACAGCAUGGAUGUUAUCAUCGAGCGACAGAGGCAGGCGAGGAAGGAGAAAAGACAGCGAAGAGGAAAGGAAAAGGAUUCUCAACGAAGAGUUUUUAUGUCAAAUGGAUCACCGACACCAAGCAGCGCGUCGAGCCGCAAUCUGAUCAUCGACUCCCUUUUGCAAAGACGCGACGAUGAUCAAAUGGACGUGCAGGAUCAGCUGGAGACUUUGACCCGUUCCUCUAUGGAGGCUCGAUCACCACCGCCUCUUACCCCUCAGCAAUCGAGGUAUUACAGAGAACACACAGUCUCUCAAUCAAAAAUGGUUGUUCCGAAAGUUGAAUCGCCUGUCCAGACACCUGUUCUUUCGCAGCAGCUUGCUCCCCAGCAGCCGAAGCCUUUUUAUCCCUUACCUGACACCGUUAGUCUCACUGCUCUCCAAACUUUUCAAGCCAGUGUCUCUGGUCCUCCAGUCACUCCGCACAUCCGACGAGUUCAGACUUUGAACGAAAUCGCAGAACGCUCUCCUCUUCCUCCUUCUUCACCGUUUCUCAAUUCUCCCCAGUCAUCACCUGUCCGCCCUAUCGUAAACCUCGUUUCGUCUCCAGGCCCAAUGGGACCUCCACCUGAAGAAGAAUCAUACGGAAAACUUCCCUAUACGCUACCUUCAGGGCCGUAUUCACCAAAUAAACCUGACCUUUCCUAUGCAGCUCUCCUUGGUCAAGCUAUCCUGUCUUCUUCCGAUCAUCGUUUGACUCUGCAGGAGAUUUACGAUUGGAUAACCAUUGUUUAUCCAUUUUUCAAACGUGGGGAAACUACAUGGAUGAAUAGCAUCAGACAUGUCCUAAGUACAACCGCGUGUUUCCGCAAGGUAACACGCGACCGUGCGCUCGGUCGUACUCAGUGGGCAAUCUGGGAUGAAGACCUUGAAUGCUUCAAAGGUGGAGGGUUCCGAAAACAAUUCUGUAAAGACAUGAAUGGCGGCAAGACUGGAUCAGAAGCUAAGACUAAACGAGGCCGGAAACAGGUGGAAGACAGCGAUGGCAGUGCUGAGCCCAAACCCAAGAAAGUCAAAAAGGAUAACAAUCUCAAAGAUUCUGACAAGGGUGAUCAGCGCGCUAUUGCUCCUGCCACCGCAAUCUUCCCACCCACACGACCUGCUCCUCCCCUUCAACCAUACCGGGGAGCUUCCGUUGCGAAAAAUCUAACCUCCGAAGUUGUAUUUCCACCUUUACCAGCCGAGUCAGGCUUUCGUCUACUUCCCGUCCAUCCGUCGUCGAGUUCUAAUUCACGAGCGAACUCUCACUUUGAUACAGAUGAUGGAAUGCGACCUUCAUCGCCCACACCCUCUGUCCUCGAAUCACAAUGCACAGACCCUUCCUCCACCUCGUCCGUUCCGGACCUUACACCCAAUCUUAGCUCUUCUAGUCCCCCGCAGUCAAGCAACGAGAUGGAGCUUGAAGCUCCUAUUGAAAUCAUUGAUGGGCCCCUAUGUUUAGCUCCGUCAGCGACAGUCGCUGGUCUGGACAGUGAAGAGGAAGACGGUUUUCAGAAUAUGUUUUCGUCCAGCAAGUCAUCUACCAAGUUGACACCCGUGCAGUUCUGGGGCGAUUCGCCGCGAAUCAAGGAACUCUCAAGUCUUGGCGGUAAACUCAACUUCACCGUACCAGCCCUCAGCCAAUAUGAUGAUGACUCGGAAGACGAAGGGAUUCUGUUCAACGCUGUCAGAAACAAAAACAAAUCUAUGUUAGCUGAGCCGUUUGACCGAUUACCUCCCUCACCUACAAAUAGAAGGCCUGCGACGAAAGGUCGCAAGUCCAAGGUUGCUGCAUCCAAAGCACGAGGUUUAAGGCCUAUGCGGCUUUCUACACCGCCACCUCGGGAUAAUCUGACCACUCCUCCCCCGAAUCAAACCCUUGAGAUUUCCCCGGUCCGCACUCCUCUGUCUCAUAAAGGCUUGCAUAUGAGUCCCACCGCGAGUCUUGCCCAUUACAAGUCUCACCUUGACCCACCUCCGACGCUACAAUUCGACCAAUCAUCCUCUGGUGGUGCACCGUCCACGCCAAAGAGAUCAUUGGCUUUCCCUCUUUUAGAUGAUUCUCCUUUCCGAACCUCGCUUAUCGGUAUGUCUCCCUUCCGUACACCCGGCUCGAGUGGUCUUUUCGAUCCUCACGAUCCUCGUGCGCUCCUCGAUGAGGAGUUCCGUAGAAUGGGCCCGGGUGGAUUUGGCGAAACCAGUCCUGCGUCAGGCCUGUUUGGGAAGGAGAGGCAGCUGUUGUACGAUAGUCCCAGUGGGCUGGAUAGCAGUCCUGGAAAGUACAAACGAUGGUGGUGAUGCAAUGAAGCUUUC